UGCACCGUUAGUCUAGGAGGAGUUGCUUUGUAUUUUGGCUUUUGCCUUCAAAAUGAGUAAAGUGUAUUUUUCCUCAUAUUUACUUAAUUGUAGUUUUCUGAUAUCAGUAGCUUUUUAUAUGGAUGCCAUAUUAACGGGUUUUAUUCUCAGACAUAGCUAUAGUGCUGGGGUUAUCUAGCUAGAUAGGUAGCUUGCUUAUCUUGCUGGCUAAUUAAGCUAACGUUCGUUAGCUAGUUAGCGAACACUUGUUUGUAAUGAAAUGGGUACGAUAACAUAAUUAGUUUUUUUAGAUGGGAUGCGGGAAGCUUUUUUUAACCUCUUCAGAGUGUGAAUAGAACGCCUUGUCACCAUGCCAACUGUGGUUCUUAUGGACGCGUCCCUGUCCAUGACACGGCCCGUGUCCCUGGAGGGCAGUGAGGAGUUCCAGAGGAAGAACCUGGCCGUUCAUGGACUAACCAUGCUGUUUGAACAUAUGGCCAUGAAUUACAGACUAGAGUUCACUGCACUUGUUGCUUUUUCCUCGCUCUGGGAGCUUAUGGUUCCGUUCACGAGAGACUACAAUGCUCUUCAGGAGGCCUUGAGUAACCUGGAAGACUUUGAUAAGACGUGUCUGGAGCUUGCCCUUCAGGGAGUCAGCACCAUCAUGCAGCAGGAGUGGGGCAGUGCCUGCCCUUGCCAGUUGGUGCUGGUCACUGACGGAGCUCUAGGCAUCGGCCGUGGUUCUCUACGUCACUCCCUGGCCACUCUGAAGCAACGUGGAGAGGACAAGAAGUUCCCCUUACCCUUCCCUUUCCCCUGCAAGCUCUACAUCAUGUGCAUCAGCAAUGCUGAGGAGCUCCAAACCACAGAUGCCAUGGACAACUUGGAGCAGCUUCUGAUAUUAAGCGGUGGAGAGGGCCAGAUUUUUACUAUGGAGGGGCCACUGUGUUUAAAGAGUGUUCAAGCAAUGUUUGGGAAGCUGAUUGAGCAGGCGUACAUGCCUUUCCAUGCAGUCCUGCGCUGUGGUCACUUGACCUCUGAUGUGCAGGUGUUCCCCAGACCAGAGCCUGUCAUGAUAGACGAAGAGGUCGAUCCGGUACCAAAACAUGUGCUCACAGAGCUGGAGAUAGUGGGAUUCAUUGAGAUUGCAGACAUAGCCAGUCCGCCUGUCCUGUCCAGACAUCUGGUCCUCCCCAUAGCUGUUAACAAAGAAGCAGAUGAAGUGGGAGCAGGGACUACUGAUGAAAUGGAAGAGGACACAUCUACCAAUCAAAUGGCAGGAAAAAGCCCGAAUUUCUGUGUGCUCCUGCAUGGCAGUCUUAAAGUGGAAGGCAUGGUGGCCCUUGUGCAGCUGGGGCCUGACUGGUAUGGGAUGCUCUACUCCCAGGCAGACAGUAAGAAGAAGUCAAAUCUGAUGAUGUCACUGUUUGAGCCAGGCCCAGAACCUCUGCCAUGGCUGGGGAAGGUCUCUCAGCUCGGACCUAUCUCAGAUGCUCCAGAGAAUCCUUAUGGGGAAGAUGACAGCAAAAGCCCGUUCCCUGUGCAGCCUAAAAGCAAACGCAGCUACGCCCAGAACGUCACCGUUUGGAUCAAAGCCAGUGGACUCCAGACGGACGUGCAGAAAAUUCUCCGAAACGCAAGAAAACUUCCAGAAAAAACGCAAACUUUCUACAAGGAGCUGAAUCGUCUGCGAAAAGCCGCUCUGGCUUUUGGGUUUUGGGAGCUGUUGAAAGGCGUGGCUGAGCUACUGGAGAGGGAGUGCACCCUGCUGCCUGACUCUGCCCACCCUGAUGCUGCCUUCCAGCUGUCCCAUGCUGCCCAACAACUCAAGCUGGCCAGUACGGGAGACUCCCAGUAUGCUGCCUUUGAACACAACAUUACCCCCAUGCUCACGGACUUCUCAGGGGGAGGUGGAGGUUCCGACAGACUGUAGUGUGGGUGGGAGCAGAACUGGACUGAAAUUUUCACUGUGACAUUGGAAACUGCUUUUCUCCUCCCUGGCCCUUCAACACUGAAGGUUUCAAUAACUCAGUGGACUACUGUUUGGCAUUUCCCAAGUGAAGUUCACAAAUCUUUGUAAAAUAUAAGGAAUUACAAACUCUGAUGUGUGAGUGAAGUGUGUCAGGACAUGCAUUUGUUCUACUCCUUUAAAGUACGUCCUGCCUGCUUUUAGAAUUUGAAAUUAAUCUGAAGGCCACUUAAAUAUUCUUUUUCCAAGUUUUUUUUUUAAUGUAAAUAAUUUUCUACCAGUGACUUAAAGGAAAUAAAUUUCAAUUUGUAAUGUUGA